AUGCGCCUCUCUAGCUUCGAAAAGGCCGAUAUUGCUGGCGUCAACCACCUGCUCGCGCUGGUCAAGGCUUCCCCUACCAACGCCUCGAUGAACUUUUGCUCCCCGGUCAGCACGUGCAGCCGUGGCACACAGAGCCCCGUGCCAGAAUCUUUGCCUGAUCUUGAAUGGGCACAGGGCAUGGGCUACGCGCAGUCCAAGUCGGUGGUGGAGCACGUGUGCGCCCGUGAGGCUGCGGCAGGGAUCCAAACGAGAGUCCUUCGUGUCGGACAAAUCGUGGGUGAUACGAAGCACGGCGUAUGGAACGCGCAGGAAGCGGUGCCGAUGAUGAUGCAGACAGCGGUGACGAUUGGAGCCUUGCCACGCCUCGUGGAGAGGCCUUCAUGGUUGCCCGUCGACACGGUCGUCGAGGCAGUGGUGGACAUCUCGCUCUCAGACCAGAAGUCCAACCCGCCCAUCAAGCUUGCCGACUUUUUUGCGUCAAAGUACGACAAACAUGGGUUCGCCCCAUCAAAGACUUUCAGUACAGAUGUGGCAACGAGAUUGGCGCCGGCGCUAGCGGACGCUCCUGUCCCCGAGCCGAGCUUCGUCAAGCUGUUUGUUAGGUACUUCCUCGACAACUGCUGGGGCUCGAAGAACGAGGAGGAGAAGGGUGCCAAGACAGUCGUCUUCAUGGCCGGGCCCUGUGGAAGCGGCAAGACAACAGCGGGCACCAGCAUCGCCAAUUGGCUAGGCGUGCCCUUUAUCGAAGGCGACGCUCUGCACACGUGCGCGGCCGUGGACAAGAUGCGCACCCACACAACGCUCUCAGACGAAGACCGCGUGGGCUGGCUCGGUCGUAUCUGCUCACGCGCGCGUGAGACGGUACACGAGCUCGACUACUCGGCAGCCAUCGUCAGCUGCUCGGCGCUUAAGGCAUCGUACCGCACGAGCAUCCGAGAGAGCCUCGGCCGAGAAGGUGUCCGAGCGGUGUUCUUAGAUCUCCAGGCAGACAGGGAUGUGCUGGUGCAGAGGAUGAAGGCCAGAAAGGAGCACUCUACGAGUUCGCAGAUGGUUGAUGGACAGCUCGAGGCAUAG